CCGCCAAACGAUCCAUACAGUUUGAUUCGUGAUUUCACCAGCUUCACUGAUCCCAAACCAACCCAACCAUGAAGAUCAUCAUCCUGCUCUGUCUGGUAGCGAUGGCCAUCGGCCAGGAAAGCUAUCCCACCAGGUACGAUAACAUCGACGUGGAUGAAAUCCUGAGCUCGGAUCGUCACUUCAAGAACUACUUCAACUGUUUGAUGGACGCGGGACCAUGCUCCCCGGAAGGAACUCUGCUGAAAAAUCAUCUAUCGGAUGCCAUCUCGACUGGAUGUGCCAAAUGUAGCGACAAGCAGCGUGAAUUGAUGGCCAAGGUGGCCAAGUUCCUGAUCGAGCAGCGUCCCAAAGAGUGGAGUGCCCUGCGUGGCAAGUACGAUCCUGACAAUACCUUUGCCGAGAAGUACAAGGAUGAGGCGGCCAAGUUGGGAAUUAAACUGUGAGGAGUGAAUGAAGGACGAAUUUGCAUUUUUCAAUCCGGUUUUGAAAUAAAGUCCAAUGUUUCAAUAAA